GAGCCCGGCAGCCCCUCGGCCGGCUCCGUGCGCCGCCGGGCCUGAGCGCCGAGCGCCGGCUACCGACAUGUCCGGCAAGAUCGAGAGAGCAGAUUCUGAGCGUUCCCAUCUCUCCUCAUUCACGAUGAAGUUGAAGGGCAAGUUUCAUUCACCAAAAAUAAAGAGAACACCCUCAAAGAAAGGAAAGCAAGCUGACCUGACAGUGAAAACACCAGAGAAGUCAGUGAACAAAAAUGUAUCAUGGCUAGAGGAAAAGGAGAAGGAGGUUGUUAGUGCAUUGCGCUACUUUAAGACUAUUGUGGACAAAAUGGCAAUUGAUAACAAAGUAUUAGAGAUGCUGCCAGGAUCAGCAAGUAAAGUGCUGGAAGCCAUCCUGCCCUUGGUGCAAACUGACCCACGCAUCCAGCAAAGUUCUGCCAUCUCAUCCUGCUACAGCCGAGUGUACCAGAGCCUGGCCAACCUCAUCCGCUGGUCUGAUCAGGUGAUGCUGGAGGGGGUGAAUUCAGAGGACAAGGAGAUGGUGACAACAGUGAAGGAUGUCAUAAAAGCUGUUCUGGAUGGAGUCAAGGAGCUGGUCAGACUCACGAUUGAAAAGCAGGAGCAUCCCUCUCCCACAAGCCCAGUUAAACCCAGUUUACCAGCAUGUAAAUCUGACAGCCCAUCAGAACUUCCCCUUACUGACCGAGAAAUGGAGAUCCUCAACAAAACAACUAAUUUGACACAAUCCAACGAGCUGCUGACUGACUCCAUGGAUGAAGAAGUUGCACCUCCUAAACCCCCUCUGCCCAGCAUUCGUGUGGCAGAGAACAGCCCUCCACCAGCACUGCCCCCUAAGAAACGUCAGUCAGCACCUUCCCCAACCAGAGUGGCUGUUGUGGCCCCCAUGAGCCGAGCUACCAGUGGAUCCAGUUUGCCUGUUGGGAUCAACAGACAGGAUUUUGAUGUUGACUGCUAUGCCCAGAGGAGGUUGUCAGGUGGAAGCCACUCCUAUGGGGGGGAGUCUCCUCGCCUCUCUCCGUGCAGCAGCAUCGGCAAACUGAGCAAGUCUGACGAGCAGCUCUCGUCUCUGGACCGCGACAGCGGGCAGUGCUCCCGCAACACAAGCUGUGAAACCCUGGAUCAAUCAGAUCACUAUGAUCCAGACUAUGAAUUCCUGCAGCAGGACCUCUCCAACGCUGAUCAGAUACCUCAGCAGGGGCCAGGUGUCCUCAGCCCAUUGCCAGAGUCCUUGGGUGAGUCUGGCUCCCCUUUCCACGGACACACUUUCCAGCUCCCGCAGGGCAGCUCUCCUCCACCAGAAUUCUGCAGCCUCUCGGGAGCAGCACAGCCAACAGAGACUCCCCCAGCUCUACCAGAGAAGAAGAGGAGGAGUGCAGCCUCACAGACUUUGGAUAACUCUGGCUGCAGGGUGUCCUACGAGAGGCACCCUUCCCAGUAUGACAACAUCUCCGAGGAUGACCUGCAGAAUGCUGUGGUUGUCCCGUCAAUGCCCUUCACGCCCUUUGCCGCUGUUCUGCCUUUCCAGCAGGGAAACUCUUCAGCACCAGUGGAAUUCAUUGCUGAUUUUGUUGCUCCAGAUUUGAACAGUGACCCAGAAAAGCCGCCACCUCUGCCAGAGAAGAAAAACAAACACAUGAUGGCCUACAUGCAGUUUGUGGAAGACUACUCAGAGCCACAGCCGUCCAUGUUCUACCAGACCCCUCAGAAUGAGCACAUCUACCAGAAGAAGAACAAGUACCUCAGGGAAGUCUAUGGGAUCAAUGACUCCUUUAUCAGCUUAGACCCCUCUCAAGACCUGGCACCUCCUCCUGCUCUCCCACCAAAGCAGCGGCAGCUGGAAUCUCCCCCUGUCAAAGACAGCCACUCCAAAGACUCCGCUUUGAGCAGCAGUGCCAUGGGGAAGGAGGGCAAAGAUGGUGCUGAAAGGCAGCCACAGUCACCAGAUACUUUGGAGUCAUCACAUCUGGAGGAAGAGGUAGAUGAGCUGUCCCUUAUUGACCACAGUGAAAUCAUGUCUAGAUUAACACUGAAGCAAGAGGGGGAUGAUGGGCCAGAUGUCCGGGGUGGAUCUGGAGACAUUCUGUUGGUGCAUGCCACGGAGACUGACAGGAAAGAUCUGGUACUGUACUGUGAAGCCUUUCUGACUACAUACAGGACAUUCAUUACCCCUGAAGAGCUCAUCAAGAAGCUGCAGUACAGAUAUGAGAAGUUUUGCCACUUCCCAGACACGUUCAAGAAGCGAGUCAGUAAGAACACCUUCUUCGUGCUGGUGCGAGUGGUGGAUGAGCUGUGCUUGGUGGAAUUGACAGAGGAAAUCCUCAAGCUGCUGAUGGACCUGGUGUUCCGGCUGGUCUGCAGCGGGGAGCUGAGCCUGGCCAGAGUGCUGCGCAAGAACAUCCUGGAUAAAGUGGAUCAGAAGAAAAUGCUGAGCUACGCCAACUCCAUCAAACCUCUGGCAGCCAGAGGGGUGGCAGCCAGGCCAGGGACACUGCAUGAUUUCCACAGCCAUGAAAUAGCCGAGCAGCUGACCCUGCUGGAUGCUGAACUCUUCUAUAAAAUCGAGAUCCCAGAAGUUCUGCUUUGGGCAAAGGAACAAAAUGAAGAGAAGAGUCCCAACCUGACGCAGUUCACAGAGCACUUUAAUAACAUGUCCUACUGGGUCCGUUCAAUAAUUAUGCUACAAGAGAAAGCCCAGGACCGAGAGAGGCUGCUCCUUAAAUUUAUAAAGAUUAUGAAGCACUUAAGAAAGCUGAAUAAUUUUAAUUCCUAUCUGGCCAUUCUUUCUGCACUGGAUUCUGCACCCAUCCGAAGGCUGGAGUGGCAGAAGCAAACCUCAGAGGGCCUGGCUGAGUACUGCACCCUGAUCGACAGCUCCUCGUCCUUCCGCGCCUACCGAGCGGCCCUGGCCGACGUAGAGCCCCCCUGCAUCCCCUACCUAGGCCUAAUUCUGCAGGACCUGACCUUUGUCCAUCUGGGAAACCCUGAUUACAUUGACAGCAAAGUGAACUUUUCCAAGCGCUGGCAGCAGUUUAACAUCCUGGACAGCAUGAGGUGCUUCCAGCAAGUACAUUAUGAUAUCAAAAGGAAUGACGACAUAGUGUCAUUCUUCAACGACUUCAGCGACCACCUGGCUGAGGAGGCCCUGUGGGAACUGUCCCUGAAAAUCAAACCUCGGAACAUCACAAGGCGGAAAACAGAUCGGGAAGAGAAAACCUAGGAGGAGAGGUUGUGCAAGGAGAAUUGCUCCGCAGAGGCGCCGAGGGCAGCUAUGAGACUGGAGUUCAAUGUUUGUACCUGUCACUGGAUGACACACCCUCCCUCCCAGCUGGCAGCCAUCCCUGGGGGUGGCAAUGCUGGGUGCGGAGCCGCCGGCGCAGCCGCCAAGGGCAGAGAUCGGCCGGUGCUCGCUGCACUUGCCCUCCUCCUUCUCCCAUCCCUCUGUGCCAUGAACCAGCUUUAACCCCGGGGACAGAGCUGUGUGAAAGGAGUGUCCCACACAAGCGUGUUGCUGGUUUGCUGGCCCCUUGCAUCCAGAUGUACCCUGGCUGUUGUUUCCAUCCGCAGAGCAGGGGCAGCAGGAGCUCAGCACACACUGACUCAUCUCCGGAGCAGUGUCGGGCAGCAGCAGCUGUGGAAGCCAAGGGUUGGAGUCUCCCCUGCAAUGCCACCUUCCCAACGUGUUCAUGAGGAUGGAAGCAUCUCCUGCCUGCCUGCCAGAGGAGCUCUGCUUCCAGAGAGCUGCUUGUGUUUACAGGGGUCUCGGCUCACCCCAGAUCUCUGGCGCCUUCUUCAUGGGAGGAAGGCUCUGGUCGUCGAUACAGAAGAGGCACUGAAAAUGUGGGCAGGGACCCGCCAUCUCCAGUCAUCACACCCCCUCCUCCUCUCAGAUCUCGUUAUUUAAGCAACAGUAAAUCCCUCUGAACCUGGAAACAUGGACUGCCCAGGUACUGGGGGUCACCUGCCUGUGACCCCGUAUCUCUUAGCGAUGGUACUUAGCUUUUGCACAGGAAAUGCUGUAGGAUACAGACUGUACAUACCUAGUGUUUAGAACCCCCUGGGGAUUUUUGAUGCAUGUCUGAAUACCGAUGAGUUUAUAGGAAAAAGAACAGAAGAAAAGUGCAAACCAGUCUGUAUAAAAUCCACAACCAGUGACAGUGUUGUUCCAAGUGCUGGAUAAAGGAGGCUCAGGGCAGCCGGGUGGGCACUGGCUGCAGAGCAGGGGCAGGAGCCUCGUGAAGGAGCCAGCAGAUCCAUUUCUGGGCUGGAAGUGAGAACCAGGAAGGAGCCCUGUGCCCGGCUGAGCCACCCUGUCCUCCCACCCACUCCUCUCUCUCUGUUGCCAAAUGUUUUUCUCUGGGGGUCCCUGUUGGGACCCUCUGUGCUGUGCUUUGAGAGCCGUGCUCUGGCAGGACCCGGCAGGUCCCUGUCCCCAGUCCCGCUGUGCUGGUGCCAGCAGGGCAGGGACAGCCCAGCAUGGAAGGACGAGGCUGGGGUGUCAUUUCCCACACACACAGUGUUAACCCCAAUCUGUUCAGUGUGCCUUAUUCAGCCCCUCUGUUCCCUCUCUGUGUCCCACCCAGCACAGCCCCAGCCAGGCCAUUUCACAUCCCUCCUCUCUGUCCUGCUCCAAUGCCUUGCAGUUGGAUCGUGGGUGUGAGUGUGCCCUGCAGGUUUCAGCAACCUUGCAAGACCCUCCUCAGCUCCCUGUCAUGUGGUCACAGGUUUUUACAGGGUUCUGACAAAAUAUCCUGCAGGUUUAGGGCAGCAGCUCCCAAGGAACACAGACUUGGAGUUUCACAGAGCAUCCUUAUAUCUCAGUAGCAGCUCUGUGCCUGCAAAAGCCUCUGUUUGUUCUGGGUUAAUCAGAACUGCACUCCUUUCCUUCUCCAAACAGAUUGCAAAGCCUUGGCCAGCUCUGCUUGACUCUCAGGAGGGAGUGACAGCCCGGGGUUUUACCCAGCUUGUUUUUUUUUUUCCUGAAGACUCAGGCACGAGACUCACACAGUGGCCAAGCACAAAGAGACCCCCCUGCCUGUGAGGGCAUCUUCCUGGGGAGGGGAGUGUGGGGUCCAACACGGCUCUGUGCAGCCCCAGAGCAGGAGGAGCAGGAAUCUUUUGUGCUGAACCUCAGUGUCUGAACCAGAACACUUCAAAAGUGAUUUUCGUGGCACUGAGGGCAUUGGAGCUGUGUGUUCUGUCCAGCCAAGGCUUUGCAAUCCCCAGAGGCUUCCCAGGAAGUAAUGUCCAUGCUUCCUUUGCAAAUAAGAUCUUUCAAAAGCCCAGCAUGGUGAGGUGGUGAAAAAGGCUAUGAAAACACCAGGAUGUGGUGUUGGCCUCACCCUGGAGGCUCUGAGCAGCCCUUGGGUGCAGUGGAAGGGUGUCCUAGGAGGGCUGAGUGUGGUGGUGGCUCUGGAAUCACAGCCCUGGGGGUUCAGAGGCACAGGAGGGAGCAGCUUGUCUUCAUCCAGCUGUGUGACCGUGUUACAUGAGGGAUGAGCAAGUGGCUCAUGGGUUGGGCACACAGGACACCCCAAAAAUGGCAGUGACUGGGGUUCCAGAGGGCUCCACCCUUGGCCCUGUGCUCUUCAACAUUUUCAUUAACAACCUGGACACAGGACUGGAAGGGAUACUAAGGAACUUUGCUGACAACACUAAAUUUGGGCACCACAAUAUAAAAAAGAUAUUAAGCUAUUAGAGAGUGUCCAAAGGAGGCCAUAAGGAUGGGGAAGGGUCUGGAGGGGCCUUGUGAUGAGCAGCUGAGGACACUUGGUUUGUUCAGCCUGGAGGAGACUGAGGGGAGACAUUGUGGUAUUCAGCAGCCUCACAAGGAGCAGGUGCAGAUCUCUUCACUUGUGACAGGACCCGAGGGAAAGGCUGGAGCUGUGUCAGGGGAGGUUUAAGUUGGAAAUCAGGGAAAAGUUCUUCCUCUAGAGGGUGGUGGGGCACUGUUAACAGGCUCCCCAGGGCAGUGGUCACAGCACCAAGCCUGUCAGAUCAAGAGGUGUUUGGACAGCGCUCCCACAUAGUGGGAUUUUUGGGUUGUCCUGUGCAGGGCAAGGAGUUGGACUCAGUGACCCUGGUGGGUCCCUUUCAGGUCAGCAUAUUCUGUGGUUCUGUGGUCCCCGCCAGCAGGAGCCAUUUCCAGGUUCUUCCUGCACCUGAACCCACGAGCCCAGUUGUCCCAAAGGAGGUCUCACCCUCUGCCAACCCCCAGAGCCAACAGCUCAGCCCAUGGCAUCGGGAUGGGAGGUUGGAAGCCACAGCACCUUGUUGAGUGGGAUGGGGCCUCCCAGAUUUCCUCCCCAAGCUUUCCUCCCCCGUCACCCCUUCCUCUGCUGCCAUCCCCAGCUGAGCAGGGUCCCAGCUGCAGCUCCUGGCUCAUGUCCCACCCUCAGACCAGGCUCUCAGGGCUGGAGGGACCCUAGAGGAGGGUCCCCUUGCCUGGAGCAGCUUCAGGUUUGCUGAACAGAGAAACCCCACUCCCCCCCUCCAGGAGCAGUCCCUGGGGAGCAGAAACCCAGAACAUCCUUGUGCAAGACUGGCCACGAGUGUGUUCCUAUCUUGCAGGCAGCAUCCUUAAGACCAUCACCUUUUCUGGGGAGAGGGAAGAGUCUGAGUCCCCUCCCCACACGGGGCAGGGAGUGGGGAGAAGCGAUGCCCCCAGUCACCAGCCCCCUGCCCCACUCCCAGGCCUCUCCCCCCAAGCAGUUCCAUUGUAUUAUAGAUUUACCACUAACCCCCAUGGUGGCAUCUUCCUGCAAACAUUUCAGACCUGUAACUUUUAUAUUAAAGACAAAUAAAACACCAAUAGUGAACCUGCCUGAUGAUCCUGUUUACAGUGCAUGCACAGUCUGUGGAUUAAAGUGACAAUCGAAUCCGC